AUGACGACUGCUGGGUUCCCCCAAACGACCAGGGGCCCUCCCCAGCCCAUUGCCCAGACACCCUGGGAUGACAGCCUGGAUGACAGCCUGGAGACCUCCAUUCCUCCCACCGAUGUGCCGCACCAAAUUGAGCAAUGGAAACAUCUAAAUUUAGAUGCAGCUCCUAAUAACAGAAAGAAGGAAACUGAAGAUUAUGUAGCAGAUGACGACUUUGUAAGCCGCGGGGAAGUAAUUGCCAAAGGAAUCUCUGAUUUAUUCCUCAUCUACGGAGGAGAUGCUGAUUUCCUAAAAGCAAAGAUUUUGGUGCAGACUGGCAUUGUGCUCCGUUCCUGGCCCCUCCCGCAAUCCCUGCCAGGCGUUCGACGGUUUGUCUCACAGACGAGUCAUGAGUGCCCAGGGACACCAAGCACUGUGUCUGCGGGGCUGGUGCACUGCCCAAGGGGCAGCGCGCAGGCCAAACGCCAGCAAGGUGGACUCGAGAGAACGCGGGUCUGUGAAAACCCUCAGCCCGGCGGGAAAGCGCAGGAAGAGGAGGAGUCAGGAGGGCGAGGUGGGGCGCAGGCGGGGGGCGGGGAGGGGGAGGAGUUCCGGGCGCGGCCGCGAGGCCUGCUCGGGCCUGACAGGAGGGUGCCCCAUGGCUUCCCACUCCGCCGGGGCGGCGCGGCCCGCAGCCUGCUGCAGCUCCUGCGGCUGGUGGGGCAGCUGAAGAGAGUCCCACGUACUGGCUGGGUAUACAGAAAUGUUGAAAAUCCAGAGAGUGUGUCAGAUCACAUGUACAGGAUGGCAAUUAUGGCUCUGGUGAUCAAAGAUGACCAUCUUAACAAAGACCGAUGUGUACGCCUAGCCCUGGUUCACGAUAUGGCAGAAUGCAUCGUUGGGGACAUAGCACCAGCAGAUAACAUCCCCAAAGAAGAAAAACAUAGGCGAGAAGAGGAAGCGAUGAAACAGCUAACCCAACUUCUACCAGAGGAUCUCAGAAAGGAGCUCUAUGGACUUUGGGAGGAGUAUGAGACCCAGUCUACUGCAGAAGCCAAAUUUGUGAAGCAACUGGACCAAUGUGAGAUGAUUCUUCAGGCAUCUGAAUAUGAAGACCUUGAGAACAAGCCUGGGAGGUUGCAGGACUUCUUUGAUUCCACAACAGCACAUCAUAGCAAAGCUCCGGAGCCAAACAGCUUCAAAAAGAAUCCUGGUUCUACCACGCAAUCUGUGGAUCCUCCAGUAAAGUGCUCAAUCAUGCUUAACCAAGGAAAAUUCAGUCAUCCUGAGAUAGUCCAGCUUGUGUCAGAACUUGAGGCAGAAAGAAAUGAUAAUAUAGCUGCUGCUGCUAGUAAGCCAUGCCCCUGAGCUGCUCUCGACGUUGCUGCACUUCUGUAACAGACCUCAUUUUUCUGUUUCUUCGUGUUGUGUUUGCCACCACUGGGCUGUUGAUUUUCCCCCAUGUGUCUAUAUUUCCAAUGGCCGGACUCCAGCAAGAAACGUGAUACAAUUUGGACACUAAAAGAAACUACAGAACAGGAUGUGCUGUGAAAAUGCCUUGGGGGUGAGGGGGGUGGGUAGUGCUGCACUUUUAUGAACUAAAUAAAUUUUAAAAACCUAAAAUUUUGCAAUGCUUUUUGGAAAUUUUGAAUCAUUUUAUACUGACUUAGUAAACAUACAUCCCUGAAGGCCAGAUUCACUGAAUGAUAGAAAGUUUAAUUAUGUUUGCUUUUAAGAACAGAAUCUUCAUCUGACUUAGUGAAAAGAAUCCAGGGGGGAUAAGUGUAUGUAGGGUAAGGUAAAAAGCAUCUGGCAUUUCUGCCCUCCCGCCAUUAGCCAUUAGGAUAGAUGACGGAACCCUGUGGUCCCGAAUGCAUGCCUGAUGGCGGGCACCUGGAAUAGGGUGUGGGCAUAUGUAGAUGGGAUUCACCUGGGCUAAGACUGGGCUUUUUUAAGGGUGGUGUCAUGUGGAUGCCAGCAGAAGCAGAAAAGCAGAAUGGAGCAGAACCACAAGAGAAGCAGAGAGAAGUACCAGAGAAUGCCAGAGAGCCCAGAUAGAGUAAGACUUGCUGGGGGCUGGGAUGCCUGCCAGCCUCCCAGCCCCCCAGCACCCCUGCCUGCCGUGUACCUGAUAAAUCCCAAUAAAAGCCUGU